AUGAAAGAUAAGGUGCUGAUAUCUAUUGCUGGGAGUCGUUCUAUAGGUGUGUAUAAGACGGGCCUGAAGAUUAAAGAACGUUUGAGCUUAUUAUUCCCAUAUGACAUUAUAGUCCUUGACCUGGAUUCAAUGACCAAAAGCAAAGUCAAAAGCUACUCUAACGAGGACUAUGACUUCCAGACAAUCAUCGAAACUAUAUCAGCGCCGUCUAAUAAGUUACAAAUAGUGUUGCUAUGUGGAUCUUACGCUUUGUACAAUAAAGAUAUUAAUGAUGCUGCAAGAGUUAAGGUAUUCUUGGACAGUGAAUGCGAUAAUAGACUUAUAAAUUUGAUUAAAACUACUGGUGUUAAGGACAAAAAUGAUCUCAGUUUAAUUUUAUCUCAAUAUCUUGAUGUAUUGAGGCCGGAAUAUUUGGGAUAUAUCCAGCCUACAAAGGCAGUCGCUGAUAUUAUAAUUCCGUCUACCAACGAAUCCAUUGGGACUGAUAUUAUUAUAGAUGGAAUAGUGAAAGCGGUAGAGGAUAUUCAAGGUACUCGAACAGUAAAACAGCAUGGUAAAAAGUUGUUCCCGCAACUGGACUUCCAAUUGGAAAGAAUGGACCUUGAAAAGGAAAGGUACUACGAUUUAAGCUAG